UGGGAGGCUAGAGAAAUAAGUUAUUGUUGGGGGGAAAUGCAUAUAAGAAAACUCUUUUUCUUUCACAUAAAAUCAUGGCUUACACUACACCUCCUCCACCUACAACAACAGCUCCCGAUACACCUAGCAUUACCUAUCCACCAAGCUCAGUCUCUAAUCCAGUUACAAGUGAUGCUCCUCCUAGUAGUUCUGUUGUUCCUACUACAUCUUAUGAGCCAUCACCAGAGACUACAUACUACUAUCCUACUUCAAGUACAUUGAAUCCAACGAGUUCAUUUUCUAGUACUGCCAGUGCAUCCACCUCUUCUACUGCUCCUACUUCACUCAGUUCAGCAAGUCAAAAAACCAAUUCAAAUACCUCGGUCAUCAUUGGAUGUGUUGUUGGCAUUGUAGGUGGUCUUGCUCUUAUAGGUUUGCUUGUCUUUUUAUUCAUCUGUUGUCGUCGCCGUCGUCGUAAUCGUGCUCGUCAAACCAAUCAAGACUUUAAAACUACAAAUGAUAUGGACUCAGUGGGUAAAGAUGUUAAUCCUUCUUAUGGUUACAAUGAAGACUAUAAUGCCUAUUCUACAGCACCACCGCCAACGCAGUCUCAAAGCACACAUCAGCCUGGUCUAGACAACAAUGACCCUCUAUCCCCAAGACCCUUUGUACCAGCUUAUGAUCCUACAGCAGUCUACCCAAGGCAGACAAGAUAUGAAGAAAUACUCCCUUCUACUUCGGAUGGACAGCCCUAUUAUCGACCUUAUCCUGGAGAUUAUUACUUAUCUGAUUCUUAUCAUGGUUCCAAUGCACCUGCUUCUACAGUCUAUACAGGUGGCUCUCAUGAAAGAAAUGUCCCUAAUGAAAUAGAUCAUCCUAUAUCUCAUAGUCAUUCUAGACAUGUUCCUAAUGAGCUCUAAUCAAUAAAAUAAUGUUCUUCCACACGUCACAGCGAUA